GUUUUUUGUCCAUACGGUGAUCGUUGGAGAGCACUUCGCCGCUUCACUGUGUCAACGCUUCGGUUCUUUGGUAUGGGGACUACCAUCCUAGAGGACAAGAUUCAGGAGGAGUGUCGUCACUUCUGCAGCACACUGCGGCUUCUAGUGGGACAGCCUGUGGAACUCAGGGAUCGUCUGGAAACUUCUGUGUCUAACAUCAUCGUCUCCAUGGCGGUAGGGAAGAGGUUUGAGUACGGAGACCCGAAAUUUGGUCGUUUGCAAGCACUUGCUGAACGGAUCAAUGUGACAUUCUAUAAACUAUACAUCGUAAACUGUUUCCCUGUGCUCCGCUUCUUGCCGGGCUUCUGGAAAAUGUACAACGAAUUGAUGAAUCUGACAGCAGAACUCUACAACUACAUCCGUGAGCACAUCGGUCAGCACGGAAACACAGCACCGGAUGAAAUCCGGGACUUUAUCGACGCCUUCAACAAGACAAAACAGGGCUUCCUGCCCGACAUGACUCUGACGUACUUAAUCGCUGAUUUGUUUUCCGCGGGAACAGAAACCUCUUCCCUUACCUUAUGCUGGGGUUUUCUGUACCUCACGGCGUAUCCUGACGUACAGGAGAAGAUUCAAGCCGAGCUGGACAGGGUUGUUGGGCGGGAUCGUCCUCCAGCCUUCAGCGACAGGGUCAACCUGCCGUACACGGAGGCCACCAUCAUGGAGAUCCAGCGCAUCGCCACUAUCAUCCCACUCCUCCCACAUCGCACGUCCGACGACACUACCUUGCUCGGGUACGACAUUCCUGCAGGUACAAACGUGUUCGUGAACCUGUGGGACCUCCACAUGGACCCGAGCCGCUGGCCGGACCCACACAGGUUCGACCCCGCCAGGUUCCUGGGCGAGAACGGGCGGCUACUGGCACACGACGCCUUCAUGCCGUUUUCAACAGGAUAUCGCAGGUGUUGGGGUGAACAGAUGGGGAAGAUGGAGUUAUUCUUGUUUCUCGCCAACACCCUACAACAGUUCACCCUGAAGUUACCGGAGGGUGCAGAGCCUGAUUUCCACGGCAUCAGCACUGCUUUCAUCUACCCUCGUCCAUUCAGCCUUAUUGUAACUAAUCGGGAGUAG